GAAUCCCCGGCCGAAAACAAAGUGGUCAAAACAUCGCGAACGUCGAUGUCCAGUUUGACCGUUUGUACGAUUUUUUGAAGGCAAAACCUGGAGCCUGAAGUAACCGUAAAUGUAUAGAGACAUGCUAUGCUGUACAGGUACAGAGUGGUAACCGAUGCAGCCAUUACGCCCGGAGCGGGCGCCAGGGCCCGGGGCGGUACAGCGCAGACCGUCGCCCGGCGGCUCCCCGAUACACUUCCCGCGGGAACCGCCGCAGAUCGGCGAGGGACGUCUUCCAGUGUUCGUGUUCCCCACGGCCUUGACCUUCUACGCUGACGACCAGAGAACACACAAGCAGGUCCUGACCCUGUAUAACCCCUACGAAUUCCCUCUCAGGUUCAAACUUCUCUGUACAGCCCCUAAGAAGUAUGUAGUAGUGGACUCUGAGGGGACCAUCAGACCUCACUGCUGUGUGGACAUUGUAGUGAGACAUGCGGACAUCGCGCCCAGUCAGCAGGGCAUCCGGGACAAGUUUCGCCUCAACGUCUACGAGCAUGGGCAGAAGCGUCUGAUUGGUCAGAAGGACAUCAUGGCCCUCCUGCUGGCCUCGGCGGGGAGGGAGGAAGACGAGAGCGGGACGGGCGAGGAGCGGAUGGUGUCCGCUCUCCGCCGCCAGGAGACUGACAGUUCUGGGGGCAGAAGCCAACAUGUGAGAAGCCGUCCGUCCCACCCCGGUUUUGUGAUCAUCGCCAUCGCGACUUGUUGUAUACUUGUCCUGACCCUGCCAACCCACCUCCUCGACAAGGGCUCCAGCCUGCCUGACUACCUGCACCUCACCCUCAACCAGAAACUUGUCGCAGCUUACAUACUAGGACUGGUUACCAUGGUGAUACUGAGAUCAUGACCCCAGCUUCUCCAGAACCUUCCAUGUCAUCAACACAUAAGUAACAUAAGGGUAGUUUUAACAACAUUCAGAAUUUUUCUCCAAUGCAAAUGAUGUCCAUUCACCGGAUUUUCUACCGAUGCUCACUGACUUCUGACCUUUGACCUUUGUUAGUAGUGGGUGGGUCAGUUUUACCAAGGAGGUUAAAUACAAGAUUGCUUGAUUUUAAACCUCCUUGGUUUUACUGAAGAAAGUCAACAUCGAAAGUUGACAAUUUGGGUGUUCAUUUUUGGUGUUGGAAAGAAACUUCAAUCAUGUUGCCAACACUGAUGUAAAAGUGCAUGUAGUUGUGUUUUCUCCCUGGUGGCCUGAAUGUGCUAGACCUCUUUCCAAAAGCGGCGGCCAUUUUAAAUCAGUCUAAGGUCUAGAUAAUAAGCAGUCAAAUUGGGGACAACAAACAUACAUGUUUAUCUAGUACACAUGUACUACUGUCAUCUUUACUGGUGCUGACUCUACUGACAAAACUGUACUUGUAUCUGAUGUAUUUAUGAAUCGUGAGUCUAUAACUUAUCCUCUAUGCCUCUCCGUUAACCUUCAGCCUGCUAAGGUAGCUGUUUGGCACCAAAUUUGUAUUGGUUAUGAAGUUAGGCAGCAGUGACAAGGUUAAACUAUUGUGGCCUCUAUGUAAACUGCUGAUAUGAACUAUGCCAUAGGGGAAAGCCACCAGAACUGUAGAUAGCAUUUAUCCAGUGUGUUCUUCAUACAUUCUAGUGUGUGUUAAACUUAAAGGUUUGGUGAAUAGUAAGCAAUACAUUAUGUUAAAUUUGUAAUACUACUGAAUUUUAUUGCCUUGCAAUUUUUAUAUCAUUUUCUAACUAAAAAUUCCUAUGCCUUACUGUUGAAAUAGGGGUAGGAUAAUGAUUUGAGGGUGCACUAGUUUGCAUGCAUGCUGUGUAAGGUGCCUGCUUUCUGUGUUGAAAACAAUCAUAGAAUUGAAGUUGUAUUUACUUGUAUUUAGUACUCUGUACUGGUUACUUAAAACAUACAUACAUACAAGAUGUAUUUAAUCCUCUUGAGUUACAAAGUUGCCAAGAAGCAUAUUAAAACUUUGUCACAAGUUCAAUGAAGACAACCCACAUACUCUUUGGUAUGUACAGUAAGAAACAAUGUUGUUUGCUUUACCACUUGUAAUAAAAAACAUGAAUUU